AUGGAAAAUGGUGAAGGAAAGGCUAAGUCGAUUAUCGAGUCGUUUGGCUCUGUUCCUAUUGCUGGCAAAGUUCCAAAACGUGUCUCGGCUGACGAAGCAGUGUCAUGUAUCACUUCCGGUAAUGACAUCUACGUUCACCCGCAUGCAUCCACCCCUACCGAGCUGCUUGACGCGUUAUGCCGACAUGUGAAACGUAACAACCUCUCCCGAAUACGACCUGCACAUAUCAUCCUACAGGGGCGGAUUCCUUGGACAGACAGCGAGUACUGGGGGAAUGCCGACUACGUUCCCGUCUUUUUGUCAGAUAUCCCUCGGAUGUACCACACUGGUGUUUUCUCAGCGGAUGUCGCGCUCAUCUCAAUCACACCACCAGAUAGCCGCGGGUUUUCAAGCAUGGGUGUGGAUAUUGAUUGCUCCAGAACAGCGACAAGUUGUGCAAAGAAAAUCAUA